GGGAGCGGGAGCGGCGGCCGCGCGUGCGCCGAGGGAGCCGGCGCGGAGAGCGCAGGGGCUGGUGCCAAGAUGGCGGAGCGCGGCUACAGCUUCUCCCUCACCACCUUCAGUCCUUCUGGAAAGCUUGUUCAGAUUGAAUAUGCUUUGGCUGCAGUAGCUGCAGGAGCUCCAUCAGUUGGGAUUAAAGCUGCAAAUGGAGUGGUGUUGGCAACUGAGAAGAAGCAGAAAUCCAUUCUGUAUGAUGAAAGGAGUGUCCACAAAGUAGAACCAAUUACCAAACAUAUAGGUUUAGUGUACAGUGGAAUGGGUCCAGAUUACAGAGUACUUGUGCACAGAGCUCGGAAGCUGGCCCAACAGUAUUACUUGGUUUAUCAUGAGCCCAUUCCAACAGCUCAGCUAGUACAGAGAAUUGCUUCUGUGAUGCAGGAAUACACGCAAUCUGGUGGUGUUCGUCCUUUUGGUGUGUCACUGCUAAUAUGUGGCUGGAACGAAGGGCGGCCGUAUUUAUUUCAGUCGGAUCCAUCUGGAGCUUACUUUGCAUGGAAAGCAACAGCAAUGGGGAAAAAUUAUGUCAAUGGGAAAACAUUCCUUGAGAAAAGAUACAAUGAAGAUUUGGAGCUCGAAGAUGCCAUUCAUACAGCUAUUUUAACACUAAAGGAGAGCUUUGAAGGACAAAUGACAGAAGACAACAUUGAAGUUGGCAUCUGUAAUGAAGCUGGUUUUAGGAGGCUCACUCCAACUGAGGUUAAAGACUACUUGGCUGCAAUAGCCUAGUAGAAACCAAGCAAGACUGUGUGGUUCACACAAAGGUCUUUUUAAUUUUGGCUACUUAAAUGUUUUUCUUUGCAGUUUUUGCAUACUUAUUUCUACAUGGUUUGUCUGAGAGAUUUUUUAAACAUCAUGGGUGCAAAUACAACGGUCCUUAAUAUUGUAAUACAUGAAAUCUUGUUAAAGAUAAUUCUUUCCCUUGAUACACAAAAUACUGUACAAAAUGUAAAGUUAUAGUGACAGCUUGAAAAAGGCUAAAGAAUAAAAUCGAAGGCCACUGUUUUGGGGGAAAGUGUCUGUGUGUCUUUUUAAUCCUAGCUUGUUUAUCUGCAUAAAGCUUAGAUUUCAGCAUCUUUAUUUUUGAGGAAACAGUUUUUCCCAUACAGCCAUGAUGGAUUCAUGUUAGACCUUUUAAAGAAUUUAAAUGUUGAGCGGACAGGAUAAUUUUUCACUUUGGAAUAUUGUUUAAAUGUUAAGUAAUUUCCAGAAAUGGUUUUAUCUGGUGUAAAAGAUCAUGUACUUUCACAAAGAGACAGAACAGUCUUCCAUUUCAGGGAUGAACUGCAAUCUAUUUGAGCCUCUCUGCUUUUGCCUUCUUGGUCUUUGUGUCACAAGAACUUGUUUUCCAUUACUUGAGUUAUUUUCGCGGCCCUAGAAAUUGCACUUUUUCAACCCUGAAAUAUUGUUAGAAAAAGUAGAAGUAAUAACUCUUGCUGAAAACUAAAUGCAUUUAUCACCAUAAUAAAAAUCAACGGGAGUUACAAAACAGAA